AUGCAAAACAAUUCGAAAAAUUCUGUUAAUAAAAACUCCCUUCAAACCAACCUUCACGGCCUUAACCCUAAUAACAAUAAUGACAAUAAUUUCCAACCUUCCUUAGAAUCUCCAAUCACCGCCACUUUUCCUGUAAUGUCUACUAAUACAACAACGCCUAAUUUAAAUAAUUGCAAUGAUAAUAAUCCAACGUUUACUUUUGUUCCAGCGCCAUUUCCAGUUCAACAAUUACAAUUUCCUCAACUACAACUGCAAAAUACUACCAAUCCACCAGCAAAACCUAAACGAAAACAAGUUAAAAAUGCAUGUGUUAAUUGUCAAAGGGCUUGUAAAAAAUGUGACGAAGGAAGACCUUGUCAACGUUGUAUUAAAUACGAACUUACAGACACUUGUCAAGAUUCCAUUCGUAAAGAACGUAAAAAGGGUAUAAAAAGAGGACCCUACAAACGAAGAACUAAAACAAUUACAACUUCUACCGAAACAAAAAAUUUAGAUUUGAUAGAUAGUCCUUCAACUCCUACUAAUAUUCCCAUUGCUGUUUCUGGAACGGUUUCGACUGAAGCUAGUAAUAUUAAUAAAGGUUUAGGUCAAUUUGUAAUGAUCCCCGCUCGUGCAGAAAAUGAUUCUGACAAAUUGUCAUCUCAAAAUGAAAAUAAAAAUUCGGAACAACAAAAUUCCGAAAAGCAAGAAAGUUAUUACCCUCCUUCUACUGCCACUGCCAUUCAUCAAGGAAGGGGAGCAGAGGUUAAUGAGGGGAGAAGAGAAAAUGGCAAAGAAGAUAAAGAUGAUGAAAUGAAUGUCGACAAUGACGGUUCAAAUUUAUCAGUGCUUUCGCUUGUUUGUAGCGAAAUGUUGGAUAAAUCGCAUGAUCCAACAAAUAUCAAUGAAAAAUCUGACGAUUAUGAUUAUGACGAUGUUAAGAAUAAAUGUAAUCAUGAAGACAACAAUGAGAACGUAGAAUGUGAUUUGGUUGGUGUUAGUGGUGAUAAUGACAACAUGAGAAUAUUUCAUUCGCCUAAUAACAAUGGCAAUGGCAAUAGUGAUGAUCAAAUAGAUCAAGUAAAUCAAAUUAAUUUAUCGACAUCGGCUUCAAGUAUCGCUGCAGCUACACCACCAUCAAAAUCAUUGAAUGGCAGCUGUCCUUUACUUUUCAAGAUUCCUGCUAACACUUAUCCAGUAGCACCUCCUCAAUUCGUCCCAGUAAAGCAAUAUAGACCAUUGAGUACUGUACACUUUUGUAUUCCUGUACUGUAUGAUCUACAAAAUUGA